CAAUAGAGAACCCGACAUAACCGGUGUCACCGUUUUUACUCUCAACGUUGGCAGGACGCGUCUGCCAAGGCUAUAUUGGACUGCGGACCGCACUGAAGGAACCCCUCGACUUAGCUCGAUCUCGUAAUUAACUCACGACGAGCCUUGAGGACGAACGACCCAGCGACGAGCUAACAGCACGAACUACACGACCAACAGACCCUUCAAACACAACCUAUACCACAGUCUAGCAUCAUGACCGCUGUUCAAGACUCGGACCUGCUUGCCUAUGUGGACAGGCUGAAGGACAAGGUGUUGGUGAUCACUGGCGGCGCUAACGGGAUCGGCAAGCAGACGGUGCUCGAUGCAGCCAAGCAAGGUGCGAAGAUCGUCAUUGGUGAUCGAGACCGCACAAGCGCGCAGGAGGUUGCGAACGAGAUCGUGCGCGCGGGAGGCCAGGCGCACGCCGUCGCAUGCGACGUGUCGGACUACGCGCAACAGAGGAAUGUCUUUGAGCUCGCCAUUGAGCGCUUCGGAAGUGUGGAUAUAGUAGUGGCAUGCGCUGGCGUGUCCGAGAUUGGUGGCUUCGAGAGGAUACGCACGGAUGACAAGGGCAAGCCACUACCGCCAGACCUCAAGACGGUGGACAUCAACCUGUCUGGUUCCCUAUACACCGCCCAUCUCGCUAUCCACUAUCUUCAACUCAACAGACGAGACCGCUCGUCCCUAAAGAGUCUCAUCCUCCUCGGGUCUAUCGCGUCCUGGCAGGCAAUCCCCGGCGGACCCCUCUACACCGCCUCCAAACAUGCGAUCUUCGGCGUAAUGCGCUCCCUGCACCCCACUCUUGACAUUCACAAUAUCCGCAUCGCCUGCGUGCAGCCCUUCUUCGCCGACACCGCCAUCGUCCCGUCCUACAUGAAAGCUUUCCUCUCUGGCAUACCCCUCACUCCCGUCCCGCGGAUCGCUGCGACGAUCUUGCACAGCGCGGCGGACCCGAGGAAGGAGACGAAUGGGUGCGCGUGGGCAUUGUUGGACGACGGACCGGUGAUCAGGGUGGACGAAGGGGAGUUCAAGAUGGGCGUGUAUGGCGAGCUGGAUAAGAGGUUUAACGCGCUUAACAAGGGCGUGAAGGGCGUGGUGUAUGUGAAGAAUACGUUUGAAGACCUAUUCAGGUCGUUCGGGGCGGUACUAUUGAUCAUCGCCGUCCUCGUUGGACUAUAUUUGCGCCGAGGAGCAUAAUUCGCGCGGCGCUUUUGUGAUGUAGGUAGGAUGAGAAUCUGCAUGCUAUCUGAGCGGCUCUCCGGGUUUGCGAUGGUAGGAGUCAACGAUCUGGUCG